AUGGUAAUCCCUCCUUUCUCUGUUCCCCAGACUUGGGCCACGCAAUCUGUCCAUGAUUCAUUGACGUCUAAUAACCCGACACUGGACGUUACUGUCAAUCCAGGAAAUCCUGUGCAGACCAAUGCCGCUGUUGUGGCCGGCGCUCAGAUCGCACGCUGGCACGAUUUCAAUGCCGAUUGUCUUGGCCAAGCCUACGGCGACAUUCUCAACGAUUACCCCGUUCCGUCUGUCGUCGGUCACCCUGGCCCUCACACGGUCAAUGGACUGAAUCGGUUCAAGCAAGUUGUCAUCGACAACCUCUUGCCGAGCCUAGCCCAUCCCAUUCAAACUGGCGCAACCGUGCUCGGGGCCCGCCUUGGAGCUGGGCUACCCAAGGUCCUGUUCAAGAAAGACACCGUGGUGGACUGGCCUCGUCGCUCUGGGUUAUCUCUCGUCUCCGAUGACGGAACCCAUUUCCUUGUCGGUUGUGUUCUGAUGGGGUCCCAGUGGAAUUCUGCACAUCUCGAAAAUGCUCGUGUCCGGGAAGAUGUCGUACACCUACCACUCCGGCGCGUAGCCGCCUAUUGCUUGUCUACAGACACCCGCUACGGGUUUGUUCUGACCACAAGAGAAAUCGUUGUUGUCCGAGUCAGCGGCACAGCCCACGACUGCGGUCAGCCUUGCCGCAUCGAGUGGCAGGCAGUACCUUGGGAUGCAUCAGGCCCGGGAACACUCACGGUCAAUCUUGCCUUGUGGUACAUCUCUAUGAUGAGUCUCAGCCCGGCCCAUCACGCGCUGUGCCCCCCCGGAGCGGCACCGAGUCUCAGCCUCUGGUUGAGAUACCACGAUCCGGCCGGCUUAACCGCCUACAAGCACCACCUGUCCCUGCGACAGGCUUUUUGCCCUCCUGAGGGCGCUCAUGUCAAGGACGCCGUCACUUUGGGCCUCUAA